GAUGGCUUUAUUUUUGGCGUUUUUGUGAGCGCGCGCAACGCUGCCCGGCCCAAGCGAGUUGGAAGGCGUGACGUCACGACACCCUCGUAGGAUAGCCAGCCGGCCGGUCGCGGUCAUUCGAGGCGCGCCGCCGCCGCCAUCGCGAGCAUGGAUUCGGGUUCUGAUGCCUCUACCAGCGAUGAGUACACGUCUGUAGACGAGGGCCGUUCCAACUUAGCAAGAAAUAUAACCGCUUACGGUUACGAGCCUUCCGCAUCAAGCGGCGAAGAAGAGCAGGCGGCCUUGAACACAAGCAGGCAGUCCGGGCCAGCAACAUGACGGACCACGUGCGAACAUAGCCGACGGCGAUAAACAAACGCUGCAAGGGACCGACACUCCGGAAAGACUGCGCCGGCUGUGGCUGACCUUGGCCGCGCGCGCGGGCGCGCGGGGAUGUCAUGACGUCAAAUUUCAGCUUCUCCCGGCGGCCGCUUGGAGGAAAGGCGCAACAGAAAAUCGCAAAAGAAAGGAAAAACCGGAUUCGAAAGCAACUGUCCGACCAACUCGGGUCACUGCGUAUGUGGCACUGGAAGCAGCCCUUCCUCUCUGCAUUGUGAUGGCAUCCACAGCUGCCCCUGAACAAACCUACAUGGCAGAUUGAGAGCCUGCAUGACCUUCUUUGCCAUUAAGUGGACCAGGCUCCAUGCUCCAGUGUGGACCUUGACAGCAUUCAGCACAUUGGACAAGAAACCAGCGAGCACCAGUUCGUACCAGCAACGAAACUCCUCACGUGAAACGUAAUGGCGCAAGACUUGGAAGCAGAGAAAGUAAUCAUCACUUCAAUAUUGAUCGCACAUAAAGGAAACAUGACGCUUUCCGAAUUUCAAAAGGAGUACAAGUCUACUGAAGGUCACCCUGUGCCAUUUGGAAAAUUUGGCUGUGCCACAAUUUACCAGUUUCUUAACAAAAUCUCUGAUGCUGUAAGUUUUGUGUGCACUUCUGAUGGAAAAGAAACACUAUGUGCUAAAGUAAGGAAUGGUAUUCAGCAUAUUGAUAGGCUGGUCAAGCAGCAGAAGCCAAGUUCAAGAAACAUCAGAGUUCGACACCAUCCAUUACUGCACAAAAACAGUGCCUUAAGUUCUAAAGGGCAAAAUUGUGCCCAAAGUUAUGGUGCGAAACAGCUGUGUCGAGCACACAUUCAGCCAAGCGUUCCUGUCACACCACAGCCUACUUGGAUUAUGACUGAAGACACUUGCGCUUUACAUUUAAACAAGAAAGCUCUACCUUGCACUGCUUCAUUGCCUUUAAACAGCGAAGGUCUACUAGGCAGUGCUGCAACAUUUUCACCUAUCAGCACUGACACAAAAUACUCUGUUGACAUUGGUGAUUGUCAGAAUCCAGACAAGGGAUCAUAUGUGCAAACAAUGCACACCAACCCAUGUGGUCAUGAACAUGGGCCAACAUUUUUGAGUAGAAUGGCCAGAGUUCACCAUGAAAAUGAGCCAGCCUUUACGCGUAGGAAGUCUGCCAAUGAAAGCGUGCAGGUGCUUAUCCUACCUGUGCUGAAGGAUAAGGAAACAUCAACAAGUGAUCUGGCUGUUGGUAUUCCUAAGGAGGUAUCAGCUUGCAUUAAGAGCCUUUUAAAGCAAUAUCCGAGUGGACUUGACAUUGGACAACUGUUAGAAAAAUGCAAGGAGAAAAUUGGCGACACUGCUUACUUCAUGCAAUGUAAACACUUUGAAAUGGUUCGAGAUGUCCUGUCUUUGGUGUCUUCAGUUUGUGUUGUUGCUGACUCAGAACAGAACUUUAGGGUUGUGCUUCAGAAAAGUGGAAGGGAAGAAAACAGUACAGCCUUGCCUGAUCACCUCAGCUGUGAACUGUCAUCUAUUCUUAUUGACAACCCUCUAGGUCUUGAAGUUUCAGAGCUGCUCAGACUGCAUCACAGGCAGUUUGGUGAGCAUGAUUAUAUUAAGGACCAUGGCCAAUGCACAAGUGAUUUUGUCCAGAAUGUACUCCUGGCAAUUCCACAAACUGUAUUAACCAACCAUGGCAAUGGCAUCUACAGUGUAAAGCUCCACAAAGAACAUCCAAUGCAUCCACACAUGCAACUUGGACGAUUUGCAUCAUUUACGAGUGCUGAAGAGACCAGUGUUCCAAACAAUGAAAGUGCAUACCGUGUGCAAGAAGUACCCAAUGGUAGGGCAUUCCCGGUUGAUAUAGGAGAAGUAUUCUCUCCAUCCGAGUUUUAUAUUUUGAUUACUGAGAACGACUUGCUCAGUAAGCUCGGACAUCUAGUGACAGAAAUGAACUCAUUUUAUUCCCACAUACCUGCAGAUUUUUACCCUGUGAGAUCCAAAGAUUUAAAGCCAGGCCUAGUAUGUGCUGCACUCUGUGUACAUGGCGGAAAACAAAUUUGGCAUAGAGCAGUCUUAAAAAGUGUCACUGCUCAUAAUGUUUGCGUGUCCUGCAUUGAUUAUGGCACAAUUGCACAAGUCAGAGUUGACAACAUUCGAAGACUUCGAUGUGACUUCCUGGAGCUUCCUGCUCAAGCUAUAAAAGCCUCUCUUGCAGGUGUGAAGCCUCAAAGUGAAAAUUCAUGGCUACGUGAAGCUAAAGAUUGCUUCUUGCAAUUUGCCUCGAAGAGAAACUGCAUGUGCUUGGUUGUCAGUAAGCAACGCGACAUAUUUUUUGUAGAGUUAAUGCAAGUGCCUAGUGUGGAUGACUGUAUGUACUCUCUCAAAGAUAUUCUUGUUAAUGAGGGACUGGCAGAAAGCACAAGAAAGAGAGAACAAAAAGCAUCUGAAAACUUUGUGGACACGUGGACACUGUCAAGAGGCCACCACGCCAGUGUGAUCAUAUGGAAUUCUGUGCACUACAUGUCUACAUUGAGUAUCUCAAAGCUUUUUGGUUGGCAGAGUGAUUUAGUCUCACAUAAGCUUACAGAAAAGGGAAUCUUUUUUCGGGGAGCUGUUUUGGACAGAAAUUCUGACCCAGCACUUCAUUAUAAGGUAUGCCUGUGUGAUGGUGCCCUUCAUGCUGAGAGUAUCCAGCUCUAUUUUUUGCAUAAUGUCCCAGACAUUCUCAGAGUUUUACAGUGUCCAUCAGAAGGUUUGGCCACAGAGGUAGAGAGCAUAUUGAUGGAACCUGGUGCUCUAGUUGACCUUUAUACACUUUUGUCUCCAGAUACAGUGGAAAAUGGCAACUUGCAAAUAAAAUUGGAAUCCUACAUGAAAAAACGGGCCACUUUAAGAAUGGCAGCCUAUGAGAACCCAAAUCCUUCCACUCUGUCUCAGCUGAACUAUGUGGAGAAAAAGGUUGACUCGCUUAUACGGCUACUAAAGCAGCAGAACAGAAAUGUUGCCCAAUGUAAAGGAGGAAAGGAAUCUACCCAACUAAAUCAACUGGUGAAGGAAUUGUCUGAAAACAAUGGUGCAGGUAAUUCUGAAGGGGGUGCUGCCAAAAGUUCUUCAGAAAAUACUUUAAACGGAUUCCAGAGCAAACUUAUCGAAGCAUUGAUGGCAUGCAAACAGACAUGAAUUCUGCCAAGAGUUAAGGUCAUGUGGACAAAUUUCGAAACAAGUUUUUGGAGGUUCUUAUGACUUCAAAGCAGAAGUGAAUAACUUGAAGUGUGGCAUUUUUUUUUUCUUUUUACAUCUUGUUGCUGUGAACAAACUUUUUCAAAUUCUGAUGGCUUCAAAGUAGAUGUGAAUAACUAAGAUGUUUGCACAAUUUUUAAUCUCAUGUUUUGUUUUUUCUUAUGUGGUAUAUGUACCACUACUCUAAAUAAAUUUUUACAUUCUUUGUA